AUGAACCGUGAUUUCUACAUCGUUCAACGCUGUUGGCAUUCGGGGCCCCACAAACAACCGCCACUGGAUUGUUUGCGACUCUUCACAUCGCAGCGCGACGCGGAGGAGGCGGCUUACCACAGUGCUCAUGCCUGGUCCCAUUUUGGAAGUUCUGGAAAUGAAGGUGCAGUUCGCACGGUGCAGCUGCCCCUUCAUCCGAGCGACGACCCCGAGAGGACAUGCUUUGGAUUCACAGCCAAUGGAACUCUCUUUUGGGUUCGUGGGGUCAUUGCAAGAUUUGAUAACGAAGCAAGUCAAGCCAAUGCUAUCGUCACAAAUGGGGUUAUUGGAUGGACAGGUGAUGCGAAUGCGAGGCGUGGCAGUGAAAUUUCUGUGGGAAGAGUCUUUGUGGGAAAACAUUCGCGAAUGAAUGCAAUCCAAGCCUGUCACCAUGUGAUGUCCAGCUACACAGACGCCAAGACUUAUAUUGCUUCACUACCUGUCGGUACACCUAACUAUGUCGGAGGAGGAUUUCUGCAAGAUUGGUCUCAGCAGAUUUUGGCGCAAACACCUCCAAAAGAAGCGGGAAAUAAUAGUGAACGCAAACGCGAAUCUUCUUUGGUACCAGCAAUUCACGAUCCGGAGGUGUUUCGUACCUUUGACAACCCAUCUACCAAGCGGAUUCGACACAUGCCAGCCGUCUAUCAUGAGGAACAAAUGCUAACAGGGUAA